AGCCUCAGUGUCAGCUUAUAAGGAAGUAGCUCCUCUCCCAAGCACCAGACUGUCUGUUGUGUCCUGUGAACCGGAGCAUGGAAACCUACAAUAUGAAAAUCUUAGCAGUUUUCGCUUUUGUACUGGCAGGCUGCCUGGCUCAGAAGCCCCGCCCAUGCUCAAGUCCUCGUCUUCUGAGUGGAGCCCUCAUGGUGUCCACACAGAAUGAAAAGCUGGAGGCCUACAUCAGAUAUGAGUAUGAUGCAAUGGGACAGAGGAUCCGGCUCAAGGAGCUGGGCGCCUAUGACAACAAGAGCUUCACCUACGAUGCUCUUCUGCUCUUCAGAAAGGCUGUCAUGUAUGAGAUUAAUCACAAAAACCAUAUAUGCAAGAAAAGGCCUCUGAAGGCGGACUUCCAUCCCAUGAGAAUCCCCAAAACUGCAGGUCUGCUCGGCCAGGCUGUCGUGGGCAGCUCGUCUGGACCCGGACAGGGACUCCUGGUCAACACCUGGAUGGGAGAUCUGCCCAACAAGCAAGGAAAGUACGUGAGCACAGUCACUGAAUUUGGAUGCAUUCCUGUCGGCACUUCGUACCAAACUGACAGGUUCGGAUGGGUGGUGACCAGCUUCUUCAACAACGUCAUUGGAAUUACAGACCCGGGUCAGCUCAACCCUCCGGACUUCUGCCCAGAUGCAGAGAUGGAGGAUGAUGAAGAGGAGCCAGUCGACUUCGUCAGCUUGUUCCUUUGAAAGUGAUAAAGACCUCCUUGAACUCGUGCCUCAAACUGUCUUUGAGAUUUUGAAUGAAAAUAAGUGAAGCCACUGAAUCAGAGUUGAGCGUUUACUUGUGCAACAAACAUGUGUAACUCAAAGCUUCUCUGACUAAAUUUUGCAGAAUUUAUCUUUUUUAUUGUUGAAAAUGUCAUUUUUUCUUAUCACCAAUUGAUUAAAAGCCUGUGAUGUAAAUUGUCAACAAUUCAUUUUAGCACCUUUUCCCUUUUACAGACACCAAAUAAAUGUUACUUGCUGUCUGCUACAAAUAUUAAGCUGAUCAUUUGCUAACAUGUUUUACAAAAUGUCCUCUAGUAGUUAACAGUUCAUACAGCUUUAAAAUCACCAGUUAACUAAAGUUGUCUUCGAGACAUACACAGUAUUACAUCAGUGAGAAGUAAACCUGCAUCAGUUUUCUUAUGACUGUACAUCACUGCUACGUAAAAAGGAUAUUGUCUCAUAAUCUCUGUGACCACAUGCAUUUUUUUAAUCAAUAAAAUUACCAAACAA